UACUUGCCGUUCCCGCCCGUACACUACGGUUUCAAUGAAGUUCCCCAGUUUGACCCCUCGCAUCCGCCACACUCGCAACCACUGUUUCCAGGAUUGGGCGGUCCUGUGCCUGACUUCCAAUUCGCGUCUAAUGAUGAUAUACUGCGUGCCAUCCAGGACAUGGACAUGUCCAAAAUAGCCGGCGUA